GUCUGCAGGGUGAGUGAGUGGCAUUGGCAGACUGUCAAUCCCUCACCAAAGCGGCCAUCAAACAACAUAAAACACACACAGUCACUGAGCUGCUGGGCUCAUAAAUUCCAGCUGGCUGAUAUUUUUGCACGUUGCUUUGCAGAGAGUGUGUAAUUAAUUUUUUUUUUGCUUUCCCUUUUUUUUUUAAAAAAAAAUCCUGUUUUCUUUUGCACAAGUUUAAAUUUUUUUCCCCGCUGCUGUUUUAUCUCCCCGUUGCACAGACAACACAGACAUUGGGAUCGUUUGUUAUGUGUGUGAGCGGCUUUUUUUUUUUCCGAGAGGGGAAAGGACAAUCAUUUUUCCCUCCUACUGGCUGCGUUUUCUUGUCUACUUUUUCUUUUCUUUUUUCAAAUGCUGCAAUUAGGGGCUGGGGGCGCCUGCUUGGUUUAUUGUGCUUUUUAAAAAAAAAUCCUCUUCCGUGUGUCACAUUCGUAACUUUUUAAGGAUUUGAAAGCAAGUUUAUCUCUUCCCCCCUUUUUUCUCCCCUCCUUUUCUUUUUUUUUGCAUUUUUCCCGUUUUUUCCGACCUCUUUGUUUCCAACGAAAGCCUUUUCAGAAGGGGGGGGGAAACCAAGACAAGUAGGAGCAAAGACACAAACCGGCAACUAACUUUCCCCCCCCCUUUUUUAAAGGAAAUAAAGCUUUGUACUAAGGCAAACGGCAGACGCCUGAUCGAGGCCGUUUAUCCGAGCCACAAAUAUGAUGAUGAAAGAAGAUUGUAACUAAAGAAGAGAGUGAUUUACUGCUCUGGAAAGCAGAAGAGAGAGUGGAAUAAACAACGGAGAUCCGGUCAAAUAUCAAACGCUGAUUUUUUUAUUAUUUUUUUGCCUCUCUGGAGCAGGGACUGAAAUCCAUUCCAGGAACGAGAGAUUUACUUGCAUUUUCCUUCCCCCCCCCCUCCAAGCGCAAAACCACCUUCCGAUCGUGCAGCGUUUCUGCCCCCCUCCCUCCACCGCCGCCGCCGCCGCCUCCGCUGCCGGCGUGCCGUUUCUCCUGCUGCCUCCGCGGCCGCCUCUCGGAGUGCAUUGAUUGGGCUGCGGUAGGAGGCAUGGAUGAGCAGUCCAGGAUGUUGCAGACUCUCGCCGGCGUGAACCUGGCCGGCCACUCGGUGCAGGGGGCCAUGGCUCUGCCGCCUCCCCACGGACACGAGGGGGCCGACGGCGACGGCCGCAAGCAAGACAUAGGCGACAUCCUCCACCAGAUCAUGACCAUCACGGACCAGAGCUUGGAUGAGGCGCAAGCAAAAAAGCAUGCACUGAACUGCCACAGAAUGAAGCCUGCUUUGUUCAGUGUCCUCUGUGAAAUCAAAGAGAAAACAGGUCUCAGCAUCCGAGGAGCUCAAGAGGAAGACCCUCCAGACCCCCAACUAAUGCGAUUGGACAAUAUGCUUCUGGCAGAAGGGGUUUCCGGUCCCGAGAAAGGUGGCGGAUCGGCAGCGGCGGCGGCGGCAGCAGCAGCUUCCGGCGGAUCUUCGGAUAACUCUAUCGAACAUUCAGAUUACAGGGCCAAAUUGACCCAGAUCAGACAGAUCUAUCACACGGAGCUGGAGAAAUAUGAACAGGCUUGUAACGAAUUCACCACGCAUGUGAUGAACCUUCUCCGAGAGCAAAGUCGGACACGCCCCAUUUCUCCAAAGGAAAUUGAGAGGAUGGUAGGCAUCAUCCAUCGGAAAUUCAGCUCCAUCCAGAUGCAGCUCAAACAAAGCACUUGUGAAGCAGUCAUGAUAUUGAGGUCGCGGUUCCUUGAUGCCAGGCGGAAAAGGCGUAACUUCAGUAAGCAAGCCACGGAAAUCUUGAACGAGUAUUUUUACUCUCACCUCAGCAAUCCCUACCCCAGUGAAGAAGCCAAAGAAGAGCUGGCAAAGAAAUGCAGCAUCACAGUAUCACAGGUAUCCAACUGGUUUGGCAACAAGAGAAUCAGGUACAAGAAGAACAUAGGGAAAUUUCAGGAAGAAGCCAACCUUUAUGCAGCAAAAACAGCGGUGACAGCAGCACAUGCUGUGGCGGCAGCUGUUCAAAACAACCAGACAAACUCACCCACCACGCCAAAUUCUGGUUCUUCGGGUUCUUUUAACCUCCCUAAUUCUGGGGACAUGUUCAUGAACAUGCAGAGUCUGAAUGGGGAUUCUUACCAGGGGUCCCAAGUCGGAGCCAAUGUGCAAUCACAGGUGGAUACACUGCGUCAUGUUAUCAAUCAGACGGGAGGAUACAGUGAUGGCUUGGGAGGAAAUUCGCUGUACAGUCCACAUAAUUUAAAUGCAAAUGGAGGCUGGCAGGACGCAACUACUCCAUCUUCUGUGACCUCCCCAACAGAAGGACCGGGAAGUGUGCACUCCGAUACCUCUAACUAAUCUCCUCACAACCCUUUUUGUUCAUCCUGAGCUGAGAUGCCUUGCUGUAGUGCAUUCAGAAUCCCAGAAGGAAAAGACCCAGCAAGGAAAUGUUGUUGUUUUUUGUAGCCAGUCACUGAUGGCUUUACUGUAAAACCUUGUUGUUCCAGAGAACUCGAUAAAUCUGUUGUGCGUGGGGCUUUUUAAGGUAUCUUAAAUCAUUUGUAUUAUGCACCUACAAUAUCAGAAAGAUGCGCACACUCGCCCAAUGUUAAAGCGAAGAGAAAACAACAGUGACCACCAAGCACUUUAUCCAACUAGGCCAAGAUUUAGCAUUGUUUGUAGCCCUGUAACUAUUUUAAGAAGAUAAUUUAUUAUCCAACCGGUUUUGCAAGGAUGGCCUACCAGUUGCUGCCUCCUUGGCCUUAAGGGUAAAUAAGAACCAUUCUAAAGAAUAACAUCAAGAAGCAGGACCUGGCAGUGGGUAACCUCGCCUAAACCGAACUUCCCUUGAGAGCUGACGUGGGAUUUCAGACACCGGUUGCGUUUAAUUUUUCUUUCGUUUCAUACCUCUUCUAGAGUGGGAAUGCAUAUUGCUCGGUGACCCUUAUUUCAAAAGCAGGUUUUGAGUUUUUUUGGUAGGUUUUUUUUUCCUUCCUCUAAAGGUCCUGCAUUUCUGUUGCUGCUGGGAUCCACUGUUUUAGCAAAACAGCUUAGAACCCUGGGAUAGCUUCUUUCGCAGGGGGUUGGACUUGAUGGCCUUAUAGGCCCCUUCCAACUGUACGAUUCUAUGAUUCUUUGGCCUUUUGUUUGCUUGUUCGAACCCUUCUUUAAUGUACACCAUGGUGCGGAGCCUCUCCCUCUGCUGGUCAUCGGCGGGCACAGAUGAUCCAUGUGAGACGGAGACGCUGGCUGCUCAUGUUUGCAAAAGCCAAGUUGCUGGGUUUCACAGGACGAGCCGGGUGCCGAGUGCAUCCGCCUGGGUUUUGCCACCGCUCCUUGGCGGUGGUGGCAAGAGGCCAGAUGGCACCGUUCUCUGGAGUGUUGUAUAUAGUGUAGCAAAAGAGUAUUUAUACAUCUCACCAAUCAAAACACAGCUUUAUUACCUCAUGCGAACUCAUAUGAACCAAUAGAAACAUGUUCUUUAGCUUAGAGUGCUCACUACUACCUCUAAACAAUACUCACGCUGUAGUUCGUCUCCUUUUUAAACUAAUUUUUCCUAUAUCUAUUUUUUUUGGCAUCUUGUAAUUAACUCUUUGUUUCCCUUCAUAAACUGUAAUGUACAUUGUAAUCUUUUAAAUAAUUAAAGAAAACAUUUUUUAAAAUCCAGGUUGCAUUGGCAACUUUCAAAAAUAAUUUUAAGAAAAGCUUUGAAGUGGAAACAUUGGGUCUUUACGUUCAACACAGAACAGUAAAACUGUUUGUAAAUACAGAGAAACAUUUUGAAUGUUCUUCAUCUUGUUACUAUACUAAUUCACGCAGAAGAAAAAGAGAAAAAAAAAUAAAACCAAUAAUGGAUUGUAAAGCAGACAGAUCUCAGUGUUUAGUACUGUAUAAUUGGGGGUGGGGGGAUUGGGGCCCUUUUUUUUUCUUUUCUCUCUUUUGUAUUGUAUGCGAUUCUGAAACUGAUCGACUCAAUGAAAAAAAUAAUAAUUUGUGGCAGUGAUUCUAAUGUAUUAAACCGUUUCGUGUUACUUUCUAACUGGAUUACACCCUGAAUUGAAGAGUCUUCCUCGUGGUAGUUCUAUGUAGUUUUGAACCAUGAAUAAACUUUUUGCUUUCAUGA